AAAGGGACGUACACCACUCCGCUGAAGAACAUCCCACAUACUCAUCAACAACAAUGGCAAACCGUAGUCUGUUUUGGUAACACAUUUUUUUAUAGGAGCAACAAGGUUUGAAACGGUGUGUGUUCACACCUGAUAUAACUCCUAAAUUACCGCGCUAUUUUAAAAGACGCGUAUGUUCGUUUGUGACUACAUUUUCGUUAUACAUUUUUCCUGAAAAUGUGCGAGGCGCUCACACAGGCUGUGCAUGUGUGUCCCUGCUGCCUUUCUGCUGGGCUACUGCUGCUAACCUAGCUGCUUCUUUUUACACGGUGGUUAGCCUCCGUUAGCCUGGCCGCGUUUAUUAACUAGUAGAAGAAACAAAAGAUACAGACGAAUGUAAAGCUUGUUCGUGCUAUUUGAUUUGCGAAAACAACCCCAAACUAAUCGCCUAUUGUCGCUGUCGGGUAAGGGAAUAAGUGUUGUAUGAUUUAUCGUGGAAAACACUUUGCUGGCUAGCUAAUAGGCUAGCUAUUUGAUUGUGUUCGUCGACUGAAGAAAACGGCGAGUUUUCUUUGAAAGUAUGGAUGAUCAGACUAGGAUGCUGACGGGUCUCACCGGACUCGGUGGACUAUCACAGCCCGAUGUCGGUGAUCCGGACUCGGUCCGGAAACAACAGUCCCUCGGUCAGCCGCAACAAGACAUUGGAGAUAUUCUACAGCAAAUAAUGGCCAUCACCGACGAAAGCCUGGACGAAGCACAGGCCAGAUCCUGGCCAGAGGAAUCGCCAGCGCAUUGGGGUGGAUCAGACGACCCCACAGAGGGAGGGAGAGCAGGGGGGGGCAUGGCAGGGGGUGGCCUGCCACUCAACUUCCAGCACAGGAAGCAUGCCCUGAACUGUCACAGAAUGAAACCAGCACUCUUCAGCGUUCUUUGUGAGAUCAAAGAAAAGACAGUUCUGAGUAUACGAGGUGUACAGGAAGAAGACCCCCCAGACCCCCAAAUCAUGCGGUUGGACAACAUGUUGCUUGCAGAGGGCGUGUCAGGACCAGAGAAAGGCGGAGGAUCGGCCGCAGCCGCUGCAGCUGCAGCCGCAGCAGGGGGCUCACCCACUGACAGCAGCAUUGAACACUCUGACUACAGAGCCAAACUUGCCCAGAUCCGUCAGAUAUAUCAUUCUGAGCUGGAGAAAUAUGAACAGGCCUGCAGUGAAUUCACCAACCAUGUAAUGAACCUGCUGAGGGAGCAGUCUCGCACACGGCCCAUCUCUCCCAAGGAGAUUGAACGCAUGGUGGCCAUAAUCCACCGUAAAUUUAGCUCCAUCCAGAUGCAGCUCAAACAGAGCACCUGCGAGGCAGUCAUGAUUUUGCGCUCGCGCUUCCUUGACGCCAGACGUAAGAGACGCAACUUCAACAAGCAAGCUACAGAAGUACUGAACGAGUAUUUCUACUCCCACUUGUCUAACCCUUACCCCAGCGAGGAAGCAAAGGAGGAACUGGCCAAAAAGUGUGGGAUCACUGUGUCUCAGGUCUCUAAUUGGUUUGGCAACAAGAGAAUACGCUACAAGAAGAACAUCGGUAAGUUCCAGGAAGAAGCUAAUCUGUACGCGGUUAAAACGGCGGUGGAUGCUGCGAAUGUGUCAGCGCAAGCCAGUCAGGCUAACUCUCCAGCAACACCCAACUCAGGUGGAUACCCUGCACCGUGCUACACACCUGACGGGCGGCUAUGAGGAGUUGUCAAGCAGUGGCCUCUUCACCCCUCAUCGCCUGGAUGCUAACAGCUGGCAGGACACCACCAACCCGCCCUCGGUUACCUCCCCUCCUGGUCCACCUGG